AUGAAGGAUAUAAAAGAGUUGCUCAAAAAAUUGCAUAUUAAUAAAGAAAAAGAGUUUGAAAAGGAUGUUAGACUUUUAUUUGAUAUGAAGAAAUAUAUAGAAUGUUUAACAAAAAAAAGUAAUAAUAAUAAUAAUAAUAAUGAUAAUAAUAAUAAUAAUGGUAAUAAUAAUGAUAAGACUAAUUGUUGUAUUAUAAAUAACAAUAGUAGUAGAUUAAAUUCUGAGGAUAUUUGUAAGCAUUCCAUAAAGAUAAAGCAAGACAAUUUGUUGAAGACCAAACAUUCGUAUAAUAAUCCUAUUGAAUAUAUAGAAAGAUUAUAUAAAGAACUUAAAGGUAGAACUCCUUUUGAAUAUGGUUAUUAUAAAAAUAUACUAAAUAAUUAUAAUAAAUAUGAUUAUUAUAAUUAUAUAAUGAAGAAUAAUUAUAAUUUAUUGCAAGAUAAUAUUUCAAAUGGAUUGUAUCAUAAUAAUAAUAAUAAUAAUAAUAAUAAUAAUAAUAAUAAUUCGUGUGAUAAGAUUUAUCUUAAUAAUAUAAAAGAGAAAUGUGAAAACUUAAUGAUAUUUUUUCAUAUGUAUUUAAUAAGAAAAUAUUGUGAAAAGAAUUAUUAUGAAUGCUUACAUAAUAAAUUCAUACGCUCAAUAACUUAUAAUUAUUUAGAUAAAGAAAUUUUUUAUAAUUAUGUUAAUUCAGAUUUAUAUUUCAUAUUAUAUAGUUAUAUACAAACAUUUGCAUACAUAUUAUUAAAAAAUGAAAACCAAAAUAUAUAUUUGAUGAAAUUAUGUAGUGAUAUAAUAUCAAGAACACAUGAAGAAUUAAGUACACUAAGAAAAGAAGGAACAUAUAAAAUGAAUACAUAUUUAUAUGAUAAAAAAAAUUUUUCCCCAUACAAUAAUAGUUUAAUUAAAUAUGUACAUUUUAUUGUUGAAUAUUUAAGUAAAAAUAAAAAUUAUAAUUAUAUGAAUAUAUUGUAUGGUAUAUAUUCAUGUGUCUACGUGUUUUCAAAUGUAUUUUAUAGUUGCUCAUUAUCAUAUAAUAGCAAGAAAGUAGAACAGUAUAUGUUAACAGAAAAUAUCGGGAGAAAAGAUACAACUAUACAAUGUGAUCAUGUGAGUAGUUCUCAUCAAAAGGAACAUUAUACACAUGGUAUGACUACACAAGCAGGGGAUAAUAUCUCCGAUCAUAAAUUUGUUGACCUCUUACCUGAUAAUAAUAAUAAUAAUAAUCACGAUGAUGAUGAUGAUAAUGAUGUGAAAGAGAAGAAGGAUAUGUUUAGAUUAUAUUACAAAUAUAUAAAAAAAUAUGGAAAUACCGAAUUUAUGAAACUGAACGAAUUUCUAUUAUACUAUAUAUCAAAAGAAAAUAUUAGAGGACUUCUUAGGGAUAAUAUAAAUUAUAACGAUAUGAUAAAAGAUUUGAAUAUUGUUAGGUAUACAACCUAUUUAGAGAAAUACAUUUUUAAAGAGAUAUCUACAAAUAAUAUGAAUAAAGAACAAUAUAGUGAUAUAUUAUUUAGAGAUAUAAAAAUGGAUAUAUUUAAAAGUAUAUGUAAUAUUUCUGAAAAGUCACCUUUAUAUAUAGAAUUAAAUGAUGAAGAUAAAAAGGAAUGUUAUGAAAUAAUAAGAACAAAAUGUUUAAAUGAAAAUAAUAUGAAAUGUACAUAUGAAAAUGGUUUCAAUAAAAAUGUGGAAACACAAGAUCAUAUGAAUAAAUCACAGAAAAAAGGAAUUGUAUGUCCCUUUCUUCAUGGUAUGAAUAAUGAAAAGAAAGAAAAUACCAAUGAUAAUAAAGAAACUAAUAUGAUUUGUAAUAAUUACCAGAACUAUCAUAAUUAUAAUUAUGAACAUAUUUAUAACUCUUAUAAUAUUAUUUGUACAAGAAAAUAUAAAAAUUCCUUUAUCGAUCCACAAUAUGAACACUUCUUUUUUGAAAAGACAAAAUAUAAUCUAGAUGAUGCAUUUUUUAAACAAUCUUUAAAAAAUACAAAUACAUUAGAAGGAAAUGUAAAAAAAAAUACAUCAUCUCAUAAUUAUAAAACCAAAUUUAGUGUGUGUCCUGCACAUUUUUAUAAUAUUAAUUAUAAUUUGUGUGAUGAAGAAAAAGAAAAAAAAAAAAAAUUUUUAAACUUUUUGAACAAUAAUGAUAAUAUAAUAAAUGAUCAUAUAAAUAAUUUAAAAUGUAUAGAUGAAUUUUUUCAUAUAUCCAUAGAUUUCGAUAAAACUAUUAUUAAAAAAGAUUCAUAUUCCUUUUUUUAUAAAUUAUUAUGUAAACAUUAUAAUAUCAAGAAACCUAAAGAUAUUGAAUUAACACAAGAAGAAACAGAUUUCUUUGAAAAUAUGAAUAUCGAAAAUAUACAUAAAGAAAAUAAAAAAAACUAUACAUAUGAAGAACGAAUAAAUUAUAUUUAUAAAAUAUCCAAGUGGUAUAUUAUAAAAGAAAAUAAAUUAUUAAAAGAAUUACAAGAAAAACAAGAUAUUUCUAACGUAUAUAGUGAUUCUUAUUAUUAUUAUUUAAAAAAAUUCGAUCAAAUCAAUAUUACACAUUCAGCACUCAUUUCUUAUUAUGAUAUAUUAAAAGAUGUAGAUAUUAAUGCAAUCAACAGUUUAAUAUAUGAUUAUUAUGAUCGCUUCCAGCUGAAUGAUUAUUUCCUGGAUGUAUUCCUUAGAUUCAUACAAUAUAAGCAACAUAAUAAUGAUGACUUUUUUUUUGAUAUAAUUACGUUAAAUUUUAAAAAGCAAAUCGUUCUAUAUACUCUUCAAAAUAAUAUAAUGAAACUAGAAAAUGAGCACCCAUUUAAUGUAAACACAAGUAAGGCUAGUGAUAAUAAUAACAAUAAUAAUAAUAAUAAUAAUAAUAAUGAUAAUAAUAAUGAUAAUAAUAAUGAUAAUCAUGGUGAUGAUAAUAAUAAUAAUAAUCAUAAUCAUAGUGAUGAUGAUAAUAAUAAUAAUAAUAAUAAUUAUUAUUAUCAUUAUUGUAAAGAUAAUCAUAGAGAUAGUCAUAAUGAUAAGGUUAAACAUAAAUAUUAUCAAACCUUUAAAAAAUAUUUCAAUGUCUAUUAUUCAAAAAUGUAUUCAUAUGAUAAAGAGAAGAACGUAUAUACAGGAGGAUUUGAAUAUAAUAAGCUUAAAAUAAAACAUAAAAACUAUAACUGUUCAUCUAAUAAAGUGGAUUAUGUAACCAUAUUAUCGCUUUUUGAUAAAACUGUAGUUAGGAAAAAGGUCUGCACUAUAAUAAAAAACACAAAUCAUAAAUUGUCAUGUUUUAUAGGGGAUAGCAUAAUAGAUUUAGAUGCCAUGUUAAGUACCGACAUUCCUAUACUCUUAGGAUGUAAUCAAUUAGUUUUAACAUUUUGUAAAAAACAUAAUAUAGUAAUUAAACCAUUAAUAUUUGCAGCAGCCAAAAUCGAGCUCCUCAAAAUGAAAAAAAAUAAAACAGAAAACAAAUCCAAUACGAAAGAUGAAAGAACUCUAGAUAUAAAUAAUAAUAAACAAAAUGAAUCCAAUUCCAUUAUUGAUCAACGUGAAAAAGAAUUAAGUGAAAUUUACGACGAAAAUAAAAAAGUUAUUUAUGCAACAGAAAGUUGGCUAGAAAUAGGUACCUUCUUUUUUGGAAAGAUGUAA